AGAGAUACUGAGACGAGGAAUGUCCAUCAACCUGUACAUGUUCCACGGAGGGACAAACUUUGGCUUCAUGAAUGGAGUGUCGGCCAACCCAUUUUACAAAGCUCUGGUUACAAGCUAUGGGUUGGAGGAAGGGUGUAGUCUUCAUUAAUGGCCAAAACAUCGGACGGUACUGGGAUGCUGGACCACAGCAAGCUCUGUUUCUACCAGGACCCUUCCUCAACAGUGGAAUGAACCAGGUGAUUGUAUUUGAAGAAGCAGAAGCAGAUUUUAAAAUCCAGUUUGAAGAUUCUCCUGAUCUGGGAAUGACAGUUGACAUUUAAUGAACAAAAUAAUAAAAUGUUUUAUAUAAAACAUA